AUGCAGAAAGACGACAAAGACGAGAGCAAACGAGCCACCGCAGGGUCCACGGCCCGCAGCAAACAGAGCGUCGUGAUUCAGUCUCGUACGCCAACAGGAGGUUCGAAUGGUCCUCAAGGCGUGCUCAUGGUGGGGCCGAACUUCAAAGUGGGCAAGAAAAUCGGUUGCGGGAACUUCGGCGAGCUCCGACUCGGCAAAAACCUCUACAAUAAUGAGCACGUGGCCAUCAAAUUGGAGGCGAUGAAAUCGAAAGCACCUCAAUUGCAUCUCGAAUACCGGUUCUACAAGCUGCUGGGGAAUGCUGAGGGUAUUCCUAAAGUUUAUUACUUCGGGCCAUGUGGCAAAUACAACGCUUUAGUGAUGGAACUUCUCGGGCCAAGUUUAGAAGACCUUUUCGAUUUGUGCGAUCGGCGGUUUUCACUUAAAACAGUGCUGAUGGUUGCGAUUCAGCUGUUGCAUCGUAUCGAAUACGUUCAUACAAAGCAUCUGAUCUAUCGUGACGUGAAGCCGGAGAACUUUUUAAUUGGCCGCACUUCAACCAAAAAGCAGGACUGCAUACACAUCAUUGACUUCGGACUCGCCAAAGAGUACAUCGACCCGGAGACUAACAAGCACAUCCCAUAUAGAGAACACAAGAGCCUGACGGGGACAGCGCGAUAUAUGAGUAUUAAUACACACUUGGGCAAAGAACAAAGCAGGCGAGACGAUCUUGAGGCGUUGGGCCACAUGUUUAUGUAUUUUCUGCGAGGCUCAUUACCCUGGCAAGGCUUGAAAGCCGAUACGCUGAAAGAACGCUACCAAAAAAUCGGCGACACGAAGAGGAGCACUCCAGUCGAAGCUCUAUGCGAAGGAUAUCCGCCAGAGAUGGCUACUUAUCUGAGAUAUGUUCGUAGACUGGAUUUCUUCGAGAAUCCAGAUUAUGAUUAUAUGCGCAAAUUGUUCAAAGACCUCUUCGACCGCAAGGGCUAUGUUGACGAUGGCCAAUUCGACUGGACCGGCAAGACGAUGGUGGGUGGUGGGAGCUCUUCGGCUGGUACGAAACCCACUUGGGCCAGCGGGGAUGGGGCGGGUGGUGGUCAUCUGAAUUCCGGUCUCAAAGCAUCCGGAGCUCCUGGCGCCGGUGGAGAGAAGGGAACUUCGGUAGACCCCAGCAAUCCCCUUGGCCAGCUUCAAGGAUCUGUGCAGGUGGUCAGUUCGACAGUCGGCGGUGAAGGUAUCGCGGAUGACCCUAAUAUGGGUCAUUCCAACACCCCCAUCGCUGUUCCUGUCGAAGUAGAAAUCAUCUCGGAGACAAAAUGUUGCUGUUUUACGAAGAAGAAGAAGAAACUGAAUCGACCAAAGUGACGGAGUUUAGAUUGUGGCUUGGGUGCAGGGCAUCUGCAAUGUGGAUUGGAACAUCGCGAACCCGAAGCGAUAAUUUUACUCGCCGGGUCUUCUUAGAGGGGCAGAACGGAUAACACCAGAUUCCAGACACACACAAUUAAAUGCAGAAUAGAGAGGGACAUACAUUCAUGCGAUUCCAAACAUUUGCUGAAACUCGGUCUCAGUCGGUACUCGGUACCCAAGAAAUUCCCGAAUAUCGUGUAUUUCCCUCUCUUAUCCGAUUGCGAUGCGCAGCAGCGGUGUCGAUUGGCCAUCAUCGGAAUUGAUAAUAAUUUAUUCUCACGCUCCGUGCAUCCAUGAGGAUAAGAG